AUGAUGGAGGGCGGCAUCAUCUUCGAUGAGCAGAACACGGAGGGAGGGAUGCAGAGCGAUGUGACGCACCUGUGCGCUGCGGCCCUGUUAACUGUUACCCUCACCGCUCUCAGCGAUAAAGGCGAUGAGCUUGAUGACGGCGGAUCCCUCGGGGCGACUAUCGGCACACAGGAGUCGCUGCCCACCUCCUCACGCGAGGCCAGCAGUGGGGUCCAUGAAAAGAGAGAUGCUUUACUUCUCCCACACCCACGGGCGCAGACUUGCGAGAAGCAGAAGCGACACAAUCCCAACGUACCCACGGGUUCAGAAGCGUUGCCGCUAUCACAGAUGUGGAAAGUGGCGGCAACGGUCCCCAGAGCGGAGGAUAUGGCCCCUACACUUCUGACCGCGUUUCUCUCGUAUACGGAUGAGAUCUUCGCUGCGGCGCAGGUAGCAUUACCAAUUUCGCAAGAGGAAGAAGGGGAUCGACAGAAGCAGCAGAAUCAUCUUCCUCUCUGCAACAGGUUGGAUUCUGUUAAGCUUCGCCUUUUGCCUUCAGCCAAUCCGUCUUGGCAUUAUAUGACGACAGUGCAUCAACCACAGAGCAAAUCUUCUGUAGCGUUGUCGUGGUUCCUGCAGCAUCAUCGCGAACUCGCGGCAACAGUAAUGUCUAUGGGUUUCAGCUUCCUCCUUUGUCUGGAAGAGCAUCGUUACUCUUGGAAAAAGGCGCUGGAGGUGCCGUUGACGGCACUGCAGCUACUGGCAAAUUAUGCCCACACAGUGUCAUUUCAUGAUGAUAACGCCUUUGAAGAACUUGGUCCACGUGGGCAUCUCUUGGUCAUGGCUGCCUGUCUGCUGACGUGUUGGAAAUUCUCGGACAUUGAUGCCAGUGCCACAGCACUUGUUGCCCUCCUUGAAAAAUCCUUCUUUCGUCACCACCGGGUUCUGAACACGAGGGAUAUCCUUCAUUUGGAAGCCGAGGUGCUCAGAGUCUGUGGGUUUCGUGUGGAGGCCCCGCGUUGGUGGUCAGUUGCCAUUGAACUCCUCGCGACCGCCUACAGCGAAGAGAAAGAUGAGGCUCUGGACGGCGCGGAGAAUAUAGGUGCGUGGUGGCCGUAUGUGUCCCAUGACGACAGUGACCUCCAAUGUCGGUACGAGGCGAAGAUGGAGCAAUUGCUGUUGACGAGUGAGCACAUUCUUGUGUUCUUGAUGAAUGUCGUGGCAGAGAAUGAGGAGGGCGUUCACAACCGCCACGGCUGCGCAACGGACGACACCAGUCGGCACUGCGAGCUGCGCGGCGUGCUUCGCGGUUGGAUUGAGUCGUCGCCACUCUUCGGCGUGGCGCUAGCCGUCGCCAGUGGGGCAGUGGGGCUCGAGUGGGCGGCAUCUUGCGUCGGCCCAACCGCCGGUUUGUGCUACAACAGCGUUCAAGACGGUAUCAGUGCCGCUGAUGAGGCAGCGCAGCAUGAUGUGUAUGGAAUGGUGGCGGUGCUGAAAGAGGUGCUGCAGCUUUAG